AUGGAGUAUUUCAUCCAAUUCUGGAUGCAAUCCAUACACUCAUUUGUGGGUUCGGCAGACAGUACGCAGCCGAAGGUUAUUCUUGUCGGUACACACAAAGAUAAAAUCAAGGGCAGUGCUGAGCAGAAGCAAAGAUACAUAAAGAGUUACUUCGACGAUGUAAGACAGUUAUUCGAUGGUACAACAAUGCUUAAACAUUUACAUUCCGAAGAUUUCGCAGUUGAUAACAUGGACGCAAAAGAUGCAUCGGUUACGGCUUUAAGGGGAACCAUAAGUAGGCUUGCAAAUGAAGAAACUCACGUUUUGGAAGUGCCAGCAAAAUGGAUUCAGCUUGAAAAAAAUAUGAAAGAACGGAAACACAUGAAAAUACUUUCACUAGAUUUUUUGAUGGCGAUGGAUGGGGAAAACGAAUUUCCGCUGGGUGAUCUAGAGCAGGUAAAGUUGUUUCUGAGAUACCAUCAUGGAAAAGGCACAUUUGUGUACUUUGAUGAGGAACCGAUAUCAAACUACGUUGUUCUUGAUCCACAGUACCUUGUCGAUGCAUUCAAGACUAUUUUAACAAGUGAGCGUUUCUGUUCAACAGAUCCAGAAAUCAGACCAGUGUGGAAAAAGCUGUUAAAGAAUGCGAGACUGGAAACUUCUCUAAUUGACAGGCAAUGGGGACAAGCAGAAAAUAAAGCGAAACUGUUCCUUCAGUAUAAAGAGAUACUACUUGCGUUUCUGACAAAGCACCACAUUAUAUCAGAAGCAACAAUAUUUGACGAAACAGCAAAGGCCUCAUGUGGACUAGGAUGGUUUGUUGUUCCGAGCUUGCUGAGAGACCACUGUGAGAAAGCAGACAUGCAAGAUUUUCUUCAAGGAAAGGCGCAGACAUAUAUCCGACUUUUGAUGUCAUUUGAAACCUCCCAAAUUGUACCGACAAUUUACCACCGAUAUAUUGCAGCGGUUAUAGCAAAAUGGCCAGUUGUGAAUACAGGCAAAGCAUCUCUGAUUUUUACAGACCUAUGCGUUGUUCGACUUGACGCAAAUCAUGCAGGGAUAUUGGAAAUGAAGAUAAAUGGUAUCGAGUUGACUGUUGUCAGCCUAUGUCCAUCGUUACAUGUUGAUGGUAAGCAAGCUGAUAUUUACCGGCGAUUUUCCGAAGCAGUGAUCAUCCAUGAAUUCGGAAAACUUAGAGACAAAUCGGAAGUUGUUCAACCUUUUGCGUUGCAGUACAGGUGCAACCAUGAAAGUCAUGGCGGGAAUGGUAGCGCCAAUACAGAAUCAAUUGCUGAACUAGAUGACAAGAAACUUAUUGCAUGUCCAGACUUGCUAGCCCAUGAUUUGCCCGCAAAAAAAGCAAAGUCGGAAUGGUUUCAAAAUUGCAGAAGUCCAAUUGUUGUGCCAAAAAGUGUUUUGGAUGACAAACUAUUAAGCAAAUUAUCACACUGCAUAGGCGAGAACUGGCAGUUACUUGGACACGAGCUCGGCCUGAAACAAGUACAGAUAGAACAUAUUGAUGAAGAUCAUCCGAAAAACACAUUGAUGAAAAUUUAUUACAUGCUGAAGGAAUGGUGCUUCCAAAUGGCAAAAAGUGCUACAUUGGAUGUUUUAGUUAAAGCUAUGCAAGACUGUCGAAGUCUAAGUGUCGACUGGGAUGGACUUAGAAAUAUUAUCGACGAAAUAAUAUAA